UGGAUUUGACAGGAAGCCAAUGAAGGGAAGCCAAUAUAGGAGAAAUGUACUCUCUCUUUCUAGUCCCUGUCAGUAGUCAUUGUAAACAUGUACACAGGAGGUCAUUAGAGAGAUACAGCAGUGAGCGUGUACAGUCAUCUGUAUUACAUCGUGGAAGUUCUGUCGUGGUUUUGAGGUGCAUUUCAGAAAUGGUGUUAGGGAGCUUGUCAAAAUGACUGUCAGGGCACUAAAAGUAUAUCUGGAUAGAAAAACACACACUAUGACACCUUAAGAAAUAGUACAUACAUAUUUGUUUUGUCGUCUUCUUCCCAAAUCUGAUUUCUAUGUUCUAUUAGCCUCCCCAAAGCCCUCAAUUAUUGAAGCAGCAUGAGAUCAUGAGAUAUUGACAGAGAACAGAAUAAGCCCACAACCAAAGAAGAUCUUUUAAUGCCCCUCAAGAUGCCUAUAGAACUAUUCCUGCGGACUACUUUUGCAGGAAAGUGUGCCUAAGGUGAUCAUUCCCAAUAUUGACUUUCAUGCUUGUCAGAACUGUACAAAGUCUGUUAAGCUCUAUGACCUUAUGUACUGUUUUGAUUGAUUGAUUGAUUGAUUGAAUCUUUAUUUUGAACAUGUUGAAAAAGUAUAAAAUAAAAAAAAAUAGAAUUCUAAAAAAAAAAAAAUAGAAUUUUUGCAUGUAUCUUUGCAAUUUUCAACAAGUCUCUGCAACAGUUUCGCAGGAAAGUAUUUUAAGAGGAGGGGUGGCUCAAGACAUUUUUAAAGUACACUAGUACACUUUAUACAACAGAUUGGAGAUGGAUAGGCUGAGGAGUAGCUCAAUUCUUCUUAGGCAGGCCUUCUUGUAGGGUGUAUGCGACUCAAGGAGGCCUGAUUAAAAAAAAAUUACAUCAGAAAUUAUGCUUGGGCGGGGCUUUUCCCACUUGUGGGUAUUUUCCAUUCAACGGUUAUUUAGAAUUAAAGAAUAUGUAAAAGAACCGGAGGCAUAUUUCAGGGCAUGUCUGCACAGGUUUUUCUCUCCCCGUCACAUUUUUAUUCAGUAAAGUCCUUUGUGUUAUAACGGAAUAAGAUGUCGGGCCACUAUGGCAACAUGUUUUCUUAAGUUUGAGGUUUUCAGUUGUUGUGUUACUUAUGUCCUUAUCAUACUCCAGAAAAUAUAGCAGUAUUUUAAUUUAACUAAAAAGGUAUCAAGUGUGAUACAAAGACCAAGAUCAUUUUUAUCCAUGAAUGGAGGGAACUGUACAGCUCCUGAGGAAAGAACACUGUUGUCUAUAAGAUUAUAAUUUUCUCGUUGCAGUUCCUCCUCUGCAAGUUAACAAACUAACACAUUUUCAUGUUGAAGGUUCCAGUGUAGUGUUUUGGACAAUGAUCGGUGGGUUAUCCAAAAAACUUAAAACCAUUUUAAACCUAGCCACUCAUUUCGAGAGGCUUAAAACUAGUGAGACAAAAUGAUAUAAUUUCAAUAUAUGAUGGGGUAUUUUGUUGUUUUUUUAUACUUUGAUGAAAAUCAUUAUUUUAAAACAUAUGGAAGUCACCAACUGCUAUGUUUGCUCCCUUGCUCUGCAGCCACUUUGAUCUUUGCAUUCACCUUUAUUCACCAUUAAAAUCAUGGAUGAGGCAAGAGUUGUCUGUCAAACAUUGAUGUGAAUUGCCUAAUAAUGUCUGUCUUGUUGCUUUAGAGAGGGUAAAUGAGUUCAUUUGGAUCAAUUGGAAUUACAGUUGUGGGUAUUUUAUGACUGGCCCAAUGCUUCUUGGAAAAAAACGUUUUUGUAAAUAGCUAUAUAACAUCUUUUUUUAACCUUAACCGACACAUUUUAAAGGUCGCCCAAUCCAGUCAAACUGCUGUGGAUUUGAUUUUAACCUAUAGUCUCAGCAAGCAUUAAACAAGAUGUGUUUACACAUAUGGUUUAACCAGCACACUUCUGUUUGAUCUGUGGAGACCAGAUGGACCCUGGAGAAUGCACAGAGCAAGCUUGUUACAGAUGCCCUGUGUGUUCAGUUUGUCACAGUAGAGGAAACUAAAGGGAAUCACCGAUGGCUUCAUUUGUAUGGAUAAUGCAUACGUUUUAAAACGAUGGAACAGUGGGGGAACAAAGGAGAUGGAGUUUAGUGGGUUGGUGGGGGUGGGGGUGGAGUUAAGAACAUCUUAACUCUGUCCUUAAAUCUGUCUCCACCUCCACACAGAUCCUCUGCAUUGUGACCUUAUAACAAAUGCCUUGAACUAGACCGAUCUGGACCCCUGUGGUGGGAAAAAAAAAAUCUGAAUGGGCUUCUGGGACUGUGAAGAAGGAUUGAGGGAAUAAAGCCUCCUUUUUCGUGGUCUGAAUUAAUGGUGUUUUUGGAGCCGGGACUUCAUGAAGCAGGAUGGAUAUUUUAAUUCCCAGGAGUAGAAAAAUACUGAAGAGAGACAGCAGAAACAACUAGAACGAUUCGUUUGAGCAGAUGAUUCAAAGUUGCACAUUCUAAGCAUGAUGCAUUUCUGCAUACCAGCCCCAGUAACAAACAUGACUGAACAUGUGUGCUGAUGGUCCACAUAGUCCAACCAGUGUCUCCACCGUACUAGUUGCUCUCAGAACAGACCCUGGGAGAAUGUGCGCGUCAAAAGGUUACGUAAUUAUCCCACCACGGUAAGACAGCACAGACCUCUAGUGUGCAGUGUGUGUGCAUUUCAGUCUGGGGGUGUCUGAAUAGAAAUGGAUGGCAGAGAAUGUGUGUGUGUGUGUGUGUGUGUGUGUGUGUGUGUGUGUGUGUGUGUGUGUGUGCGCGCGCGCGCGCGCUUAUGGGGCAAAGCAGAGGGAAAAUCACUCAGCUUCACCAAAGUUUCCAAUUUCUCCGCCCCCUUCACUAUAUAACAAGCGUGUUAUAUAGUGAAACCUGAAGCGGCAGCAGAGCUCCAUAUGAUCUGCUCUCUCCUGGAAACUGUCACACUUUAACACUAUGAAAGGUCAAUCAAACGAUAUGGAAAACACGUCCAAGGUGGAAGCUUCUAAUGGGCACAGCAGGCCGCUGGACAUUGUACCCAGUACAGAGGAGAAGAUGACAGAAAGGGGACAAUGGGGCAACAAGGUUGAGUUUAUUCUGUCCGUGGCAGGAGAAAUUAUUGGCCUUGGGAAUGUCUGGCGUUUUCCUUACCUUUGUUAUAAGAAUGGAGGAGGUGCCUUUUUUAUACCAUACCUCAUCUUCUUGUUUGCUUGUGGGAUCCCUGUCUUCUUCCUGGAGACAGCGUUGGGUCAGUACACCAGUGAGGGAGGCAUUACCUGCUGGAGGAAAAUCUGCCCUUUGUUUGAAGGCCUGGGUUAUGGCAGCCAGGUAAUUGUUGCUCUGCUGAACAUCUACUACAUUAUUGUGUUAGCCUGGGCCAUCUUCUUUCUGUUCCACUCCUUCACCUGGGAUCUGCCCUGGGCAUCCUGCAACAAUAGCUGGAACACAAAUUCCUGUAUGCCAUUGCAGAAGGGGAAUACCUCCAUCAAUCACCAUGAGAACACCACCUCUCCUGUCAUUGAGUUCUGGGAGCGCAGAGUACUGAGAAUAUCUUCAGGUAUUGACCACAUUGGUUCUCUGAACUGGGAUCUGGCUCUGUGUCUUGCCUUUGCAUGGGUAAUCUGUUACUUCUGUGUAUGGAAGGGAGUGAAAUCCACAGGCAAGGUAGUUUACUUCACAGCUACUUUUCCGUAUGUAAUGCUCCUGGUUCUCCUGAUCAGAGGAGUAACACUGCCAGGCGCCUCCAUUGGAAUCCACUUCUACCUUUACCCCGACAUCAAUCGACUGUCUGACCCCCAAGUAUGGAUGGAUGCUGGAACUCAGAUCUUUUUCUCAUUCGCCAUCUGUCUUGGCUGCCUCACUGCCCUAGGAAGCUACAACAAAUAUAACAACAACUGCUACAGGGAUUGUGUGGCCCUCUGUUUCCUUAACAGUGGUACCAGUUUUGUUGCGGGCUUUGCCAUCUUCUCCAUCCUGGGCUUCAUGUCCAACGAGCAAAAUGUGCCCAUCUCAGAAGUGGCUGAAUCUGGUCCAGGUUUAGCCUUCAUUGCCUAUCCUCGAGCUGUGACCAUGAUGCCUUUUUCCCCUCUGUGGGCCUGCUUCUUCUUCAUUAUGAUUGUAUUUCUAGGACUGGACAGCCAGUUUGUAUGUGUGGAGAGCCUGGUCACAGCCGUGGUGGAUAUGUAUCCUUCCGUCUUCCGCCGUAAAAACCGCAGGGAACUCUUCAUCCUGGCAGUAGCAAUAGUAUCCUUCUUCCUGGGCCUCAUCAUGCUGACAGAGGGAGGCAUGUAUGUCUUCCAACUCUUUGACUACUAUGCAGCCAGUGGGAUGUGCCUGCUCUUCGUAGCCAUUUUUCAGACAGUUUGCAUCGGUUGGGUUUAUGGGGCAGAUCGCUUCUAUGAUAACAUUGAGGAUAUGAUUGGCUAUCGCCCCGGCCCUGCCAUUAAAUACUGCUGGCUUUUCUUCACUCCUGCAACAUGCUUUGGAACCUUUGCCUUUGCCUUAAUCAAGUACUCACCUUUGAAGUACAACAAUGAUUAUGUGUACCCGUUGUGGGCGGAUGGGAUCGGCUGGAUCCUGGCUCUGUCCUCCAUGCUUUGCAUACCCCUUUGUAUGGCAUUCAAACUGUACAAUACCCCAGGAACACUGAGAGAACGUUUUGUUCUUCUAAGCACUCCUUCCACUGAGUUACCAAAGACAAAGCAGGAGCAGGAGGCACUCCAUGCCAUCUUUGCAGCAGACGGUGAAAGCCUCCAUCAGAAAGCACCUCCCUCUCGAGAUGGCUACGUCCCUGUUGGUGAAAAGGAGUCUCAUUGCUAGAAGUUUGAGGAUUGGAAUCGGAGUCUAUUUAGAGGUCAGUUGUCACUGUGAGGCUCUCAGUGACUGGCCCCAUCACUGUUCUCUCUGUAUUACCUCACAAGAUAAGCUGGUGAAAACAGACAUGUAUGCAGACUUUUACAGUCUGCUCACCUGCUAUUGGCUGCUGGAACUUUCUUCUUUGCAUGUUGUCUUCAGUACACAGUGUUGUGCAAAUAUCCUGAGCUGCCCUUCAUUUCUUUAUAUUUUGCUAGCAAAAUGUGAAAUGGGUGCAGUGAUCUACUGAAACAUGCAACCAUACAUGGUAAUAGAGCAUGUGAGGCAAAAAGUAACCUUUGGGAAUAGUUCUCCAGGCUUCCAGAAGGACAUUUAGAUGUUCUUUGGCUGUUGGCUGUCUUUUGUUCCAUUCUCUGUUAAGAUGAUCCCACACCGCCUCAGUAAUGUUGCCUAUGUGGAGGCCAAUCCUUGACUAUUAGUGUUCCACUGUGUGUUUUUCUGUCCAGGUACAUUUUUACUGUAUUGACAGUGUGUUUGGGAUUACUACUAAUCAGACAUGUUCAAGAUUGUAUUACAUGGUGGGUGAAAAUUUGAUAGUACUUUUUUGCUUUCAUAAUUCCAUCAUUUUUGACAAGAUUCCCAGUGCAAAAAUACUCUUUCUAUGACAAUACUGUUUUUGCAACAGGCAGCUAGUAAAGUGCCUAAAGAUACAAUUCAAAGUGAAUUUUUCGCUAAGUUGUCUGUUGUGUGUAGACACAACACCGGUUAAUACCUGGAGUUGGGCAACUUAGGCUUUUGCAAAUAAUUCACAGGUCAGUGUUAAACAGGUCAUAUAUUAAAAAAAACAUUCCUUCAAAAAUAGUCAGGUCUAAGAAUUGGGAUGAAUGAAUGAAAAAGCAAACAAUCUUCAGAAAGCCUGGAGAUCAACCGCUAAAAAAAUCAACAGUAUAAAGAAACGAUGGGGUGACUCAAGACUUUUGCACAGUACUGUACCAUAUGAUGGCAACAGCAACAUUACGCAAAGAUUUACUUCCGUUAUUUGAAAGUGGGUUGACAUCUCAUUUGCCUGUGGCAGAGUAACGUGACAAUGUAAACACUGUUGUUACACAGUGGCAAAGAAUUUACAUUUGACUGUCUGCUUUCUAAGGAAGCAUUUUCUUCUGUUGUGGACAUCUCUAAUGUUCAGUGAAUCUCAUUCUGGCUGCUUCAUUAAAUUUAACAGCCGUCUGCUGCAGACUGAGUGCAGGAAAGUGUCACAUGAUCGCACAGCUCACAAACCCCUCUGGGCUUAAAUUAAUCUGCUUAAUGUAUACAGAGGAGAACCACAUUGUUUAUCCACCAACAGUUGAGGUGUUCUCUCAGGAUUGGUAAAAAAAAAAAGUCACAAAAAACAUUACUACACAAGGUGUUUUAGUAACCAAUGCUUCAGGAUACAAAGACUGGUUACAUUUCUACAGAUCAACCCACUUAAACUCUGUUUGUUUAUUUUUAUCUUAACACUGUUUGUACCAUUUUAAAGGCUUCUCUGUAUAAUUUUGGUCUGCUUUGGGCACUGCAGAUUUGUAUUGAUGUUUUAUAUUAAAUGUUUAUGUUAAAUGUUCAGAUUCUUGACAUGGAUUUAAUUUAGUCUUGUUUUAAUGUGCCUUAUGUCUAAUUCUGGGAAUGUAUGAAAUAAAGUUAAAAGGUACCCAAAGCAAAGGGACAGUUGAUCCACUUAGAUUAUAUCAGAAGUGAGUUCCAAUGCAGGAGAUUCAUUCCAAAAAAGAAGAAGAAGAAGAAGCUUGUUAUCUCUUUCUGCUGUAUCGCAAUGAACUUCAGCCUGUGUUUCUUUUUCUUUACAUGUUGAAAUGAAUAUAUGAUCACUGAUUUUGGAGCAUGAACACUUUUUGUUAUAAGAUUUUAUACACUAAAACACUUUUUUUUAAAUGAAUGAAUACAAAUACCUUCAUUUGGAACAUAUAUUUCUACUACAUGUGUAUAUUUUGUGGGACAUCUUCAGUGAAUUUGUGUUGGCCUUGAUUACAAAUAAAUGUUUUACAUUUUAGCAA